AGAGGAUCGAAGGCGCUUAUCGAUAGGUAAUUGCUUAUUUUUUUGCUCCACCAAUUGUAGAAAUGAAACAGCUGGACAUGUCUGAAGCUGUUUGCCGGAGUUUGAGGAUUUUUUUAUCUCUCAUUUGAGGAGCAGCUGUCGGUCAGUCAUGCUGAGAGCUCUGGGACAAGCACUUUUCUCCACCGGACUGAAGAGUCCGAAAUUCACAGUAGAGGAGCCGAAGGGUCAGGACUACGAGACCCGCACUUACCAUUCCACCAGGUGGAUGAGCACCACUGUGAGUGGGAUGCAGGGCGAUGAAUGUACGAGCACCGGCUUCCGCAGGCUCUUCCGCUACAUUCAGGGCAACAACAAAAGCAAGGCCAGCGUGGAGAUGACUGCACCAGUCACGUGCCGUGUGGUCCCUGGAGCCGGCCCCGCCUGCGAAUCUCAGUUCACCGUGUCCUUCUACAUCCCAGAUGAGCUUCAGGAAAACCCACCUGAGCCCACCGACCCUGAUGUGUUCUUGGAGGACCGGAAAGAGUUCACUGCAUACGUCAGGACUUAUGGUGGUUUUUCCAACGACAACAUGAAGCGGGAAGAGCUGCUGAAGCUUUUGGAGAGCCUGAAGAGGGACGGCGUCGAAUUUGUCGACAAGCCGUACUACACGGUCGGGUACGACAGCCCCUUCAAACUGACCAACCGCAGGAACGAGGUGUGGGUCCUGAAGAAAGCAGAGCAGUAGUAAAGUUGCACCUAAUCACAGCUUAACAAAUGCUCAGACUAAUGUUUGAAAAGGAUGAAUCGGUCUUUUACCGUUCAGAAGCAUUUACUAAUGUUGAUGACAAGACCAAAUACUUGGAAGAUGCAUCUGUUUUUGGUAUUACAUGUCCAGCAGGUGGCGCUAACUGGAUUAAAAAGUGCCUUGGUUUUUAAAACAUUUUUUUAAAGCACAUAAUUUUUGUUUUUGAUUGUGAAUAUUCUUUUAUUGGUUUAAAAUGAGAUUUUCUUAACAAACAGAACAAUUUGGUAACAUGUAAUGAACAUGAAAGGAACGAGUGUGAAAGCCAAGUGGUUUUAUAAAGCAUCUGCUGCUAUUGCUCCAUCUGUGAGUAAACAGACCAAAAAUCUUGUCCCGUCUCUCAUUAGAAUAUUCCACAAUACUUGCAAAUGAUUUCAAACGUUCCCCAUUUUUGCUACACGACAGCAAAUUAUUAUUAUUAUUAUUAUUGUUAUUAUUAUAUCCCCCCAAAAAUGGCAGCAUUUCUGUCCAGCACCAAGAGUCAAUAUUUUGUAAAAACCUUCUUUCACUGCAGUCGCAAGUCUUUUAUGAUAUUUACUUCCCAGUUUUGCCACCUUUAGCUGGAGUCAGAUGUAGAAACUGGCUAAUUGUAACAGAGGAAUGAGCUCUGACUGUUUAGCUGUGAACCUCCACCUCAAUUUGAAGUCCACCCCUCCCAAGAUAUUUAACUCUACCUUCCUAUCAAAGCACUUUGCAUAUAGGCCAAAAGCUUCAUGCUGUUUUCACCUGGACAGAACCCCCACUUCCACAUGAUUGGUAUGUAAGCUGCUUGUUCAAACAGAAAAUAGGACGUCUUUUCUUUCAACACAUAAAGGCCAGAUUCACUCAGAGAAUGCAGAUUCUCCCACCUGAGUUGUGAAUCUCUUCAGUUCCCCCAGACCUACCAAGGUUCCCUUUUCUUUCCGCUUGGUCUGUUAUCCAAAAUCUUGAUAAAUGUCGAUCAUUAUUCGCAUUGGCUCAUAUUUUUAUGCUUUCACGUUGUACUUGAAAGGGACAACUUUAGCACUUUGCAGCAGAUCAUUUGGCUCUGCGAGGCGUUUGUCAGUUUGAGAAAUCCCAGCUUAUCUGGUCUCAGACCUCACCCGCAGCCUCUCCCAUCAGAUCCAUUAUGAUUAAUGACUGAGUCACUAUUUCUGGACAUGGCACACCACUGGAGACUCAUCAUUUGUCACUUUUCUCUGGAGCUAGAAACGGAUGAAGGCUUGUAAAGCUAGCAGAUGGUGCUGUGUGGCUCAGACCUGCAACACUUUUAGAUAUCUAGUGGGUUGCAGAUAUUUACAGGAAGGCAGUCAUAAGUACUAACAUGAGUUUUCUAUAUGAAUAAUUGUGUGAUACAAUGUUCUUGAUUGCUUCUAAAAUAAUGUUGAAUGUAAAGCGUUUUCAUCAGUAAUAAAGAAAACUAAUCAAUUUU